GGUGGAGGCUCUGGUUCAUUUGGUCCUUCAGUCCUUUGGGCUCGUAUUUUCCUUGUGUCUUUGGUUUUCUUCAUUCUCCUUUGCUUUGCUUCAGGGGGAAUGGGACCAAUAAGAUGUAUCUUAGAUGGCUGCUCGCAGGCUUUUAAGAUCCCAGACAACGCCAUUUUUUAUAAAAAAGGGGAAUAGACCCAUAGACUUGUCCAGUGACAGCUAGUAAGUGGCAGAGUCAGGAUUUGAACCCAGGUGUUUCCAGCUCCAGGGGCUCACUAUUUUACAUGUAAUGGUGCUGUUGUGCACACGUAUUUUUGCUCGUGUCGCAUGGAGUGUGUACCAUAAUGAGCCUGUGAGCUUUCGCAGUAGCUGUUGGUGAGUAACCCUUUAAUGUCUGGAAGAAGUACAGCCUGAGACCUUCGUGGGUCCCUAAGUUUAGAAAUGCUGUAAUAACAUAAUUUCUUCCAAAGGUACAGUAACAUGAAACAAACAUUUAAUGGCCCUUCCAGACUCUUUUUGAGAGUGACUGUGUAGUUAUUAAGGACAAGUAGAGAUCAACAAAUUACAUUAAAUCCGUAAUUGCCAUUGUGAAUGAGAAGCCUCUGUUGAAUAUCCUUGUGAACCUAGAUUUGUCGAGUCGGGAAGGACUUCAGGAAUUGCUUAGUGCGGAACUCUUGGUUUUCCUUUCCCUGUAGUCAAGUAGUUAAUUAGAGGCUGAGUUGAGACCAAAGUCUUGUCUUUACUUUCCGAAAAUUUAAAUACUUAAAGUUUAAAUGCUCUAGAUUGAAAAUAAAACAUUAAAUGAUUAUUUUUCCUUUGUGGUGGGCAGGGGAGGGACUGGUUAGGCAGAGUAAAAGAGUGUUUAGAAUAGUUACACCAUUUUUUAGUUUUUCCUUUUGUGCUUAUAAACUAGGACAUACGUUAUUGAAAUUUGAUUUUAGUUUAUGAUGAUGGUAAUCAUUUAUAUUACCUAGAUCAAAUUUUAAAAACUGACUUAAUGUUAUCUGUCUGUUCUCAUAAAUAAACAAUUAUUUAUUUUUAAAGGACUGUCAGUAACAUAUAAAAUAAAUUAUAACACCUACCACCAUUUGCAGUGAAAACUGGAGCCAUUUGUAUAAAAUCAGAGCUGCUUAGUGCUUCUCUGAGAUGAUAAUAAAGUAAGUUUCUCUCUGUCUGCAAGGUAAUGAAGUCCUUUUUUGUUCUGUUUUCUUUUAAUGGUCGACAGUUUAGGAAUUGUCUGUGUGACUUGACUGAUGUUCUUUUCACCCUCCUGUGUGACACUAUUGUUUGGCUACGUUUGAUUUUCCACGCCUCAUGACUCAGGGAAAGCUUGCACUGGAUGAGCUCAGCUCUCUGUGCCAUUCAUCAGGGUUGUGGAUGGCGGAGGCUGCCUUCUCCAUGAGCACUGCGGGCUUUCCCUUGGUGUCUUACAUGUGAUGGAGCUGUGGAAGCCGGUCCCUGAGGUCUCAUGGGGUCCUGCAGCAGCCAGAGCAUGCAGAACGCAAGAAAGGGGAGAAAGGUGCUACAGAAUAUCUUAGAAACAGAAAAUGAGUAUUCUAAAGAACUGCAGACUGUGCUUUCAGCUUAUCUACGGCCAUUACAGACCAGUGAAAAGUUAAGUUCAGCAAACACUUCAUAUUUAAUGGGAAAUCUAGAAGAAAUAUGUUCUUUCCAGCAAAUGCUUGUACAGUCUUUAGAAGAAUGCACCAAGUUGCCCGAAGCUCAGCAGAGAGUCGGAGGCUGCUUUUUAAAUCUCAUGUCACAGAUGAAAACCCUGUACCUCACGUAUUGUGCCAAUCACCCGUCUGCCGUCAACGUGCUCACGGAACACAGGGAGGAGCUGGGAGAGUUCAUGGAGCUGAAAGGUGCCAGCAGCCCUGGAAUCCUCGUGUUGACCACGGGCCUCAGCAAACCGUUUAUGCGCCUGGACAAAUACCCCACCUUACUCAAGGAGCUGGAGAGACACAUGGAGGAUUACCACCCAGAUCGACAAGAUAUUCAGAAAUCCAUGACAGCCUUCAAAAACCUCUCAGCCCAGUGUCAGGAAGUACGGAAGAGGAAAGAGCUGGAGCUGCAGAUCCUGACAGAAGCCAUCCGAAGCUGGGAGGGGGAUGACAUAAAGACCCUGGGCAGUGUUGUCUACAUGUCGCAGGUCAUGAUUCAGUGUGCCGGGAGUGAGGAAAAGAAUGAAAGGUAUCUUCUACUCUUCCCAAAUAUCUUGCUAAUGUUGUCCGCCAGUCCUAGGAUGAGUGGUUUCAUCUACCAGGGAAAGCUACCAACAACAGGAAUGACAAUCACAAAGCUUGAGGACAGUGAAAAUCAUAAAAAUUCAUUUGAAAUAUCAGGAAGCAUGAUUGAGCGGAUAUUAGUGUCAUGCAACAACCAGCAGGAUUUGCACGAAUGGGUGGACCAUCUGCAGAAGCAGACCAAAGUCACGUCUGUCGGAAAUCCCACGAUAAAGCCUCAUUCUGUGCCAUCCCAUACUCUUCCUUCCCAUCCCAUCACCCCAUCCAGCAAACAUGCAGACAGCAAGCCAGUGCCACUGACGCCUGCAUACCACACCCUCCCUCACCUCUCCCACCACGGGACUCCACACACCACCAUUAACUGGGGACCUCUGGAGCCGCCUAAAACCCCCAAACCGUGGAGCCUGAGCUGCCUGCGCCCUGCACCUCCUCUCCGGCCUUCAGCUGCUCUGUGUUACAAAGAGGAUCUCAGCAAGAGCCCCAAGACGAUGAAAAAACUGCUGCCCAAACGCAAACCUGAACGGAAAGCUUCUGAUGAAGAGUUUGCUGUGAGGAAAAGUACAGCUGCUUUGGAAGAAGAUGCUCAAAUUCUAAAAGUUAUUGAAGCUUACUGCACAAGUGCCAAAACACGACAAACACUCAACUCAACAUGGCAAGGCACUGACCUGAUGCAUAAUCACGUCCUGGCCGAUGACGACCAGUCAAGUCUAGAGUCCUUGGGUCGUCGCAGUAGCCUCUCCCGUUUGGAGCCUUCAGACCUCUCGGAAGACUCUGACUAUGACAGUAUAUGGACAGCCCAUAGUUACAGAAUGGGUUCUGCAUCUCGUUCACGCAAAGAAUCUGCUCCACAAGUUUUGCUUCCGGAAGAAGAGAAAAUUAUAGUAGAAGAAACUAAAAGUAAUGGUCAGACAGUGAUAGAAGAAAAGAGUCUUGUUGAUACUGUAUAUGCAUUGAAGGAUGAAGUCCAAGAAUUAAGACAAGAUAACAAAAAGAUGAAGAAAUCUUUAGAGGAGGAACAGAGAGCCCGCAAAGACCUGGAAAAGCUCGUGAGGAAAGUUUUAAAGAACAUGAACGACCCAGCUUGGGACGAGACCAACCUGUAAGGAGCGUCCUGGUUCUUGUCUUGAGACCACGCGGGGAGCCCCCGACCGGUCAGCGUUCGAGGCAGAGCCCGCAGAGCAGGGCCGCAUGGGAUGCAAACAUCAUCUUGCUUUCUGUGUGAAGAAAAGACAGAGUUUAUCACGUGAAUAAAAGUAAUCAAACCGUGACUGAAGAGUCCAAACAUGAGGUAUAGAGACUGAGGAUCCUGAACGGUGUUCAUUUUAUGAUUAACAUCUAAAUUACCUCAUUUUGCAAUAAUUGCAGUGACUGACUAAAAAUCCUUGAUCCUUGUUUUUCAGACUUUUAAUUGAAUAUAUAUAAAUAUUAUCUAUACAUACUUCUUGUAAAUAUUCAGUUUUGAAUGCAUAUCUAUGGUUGCUGUAUCUGGGCUAAGACCCGUGCUAGAAUUUCCUUCCUGCUACUCUUCCUGGUCGCGUGAAUUAGAAGUUGUCUUCACGUGCAUUCACCUGAAAGUAGAGGCGUUGAGAGGACCUGGAUGCUUUUGUUCUACACACCAUAGUCUCCAAAGUGCUGUAAAAACACCUCCCAUUUCAGUAUCCUUAGAUAAUUUCACCUUAUUUAUAUCUGCACAGAUACUUUCAUACCACCUGAAAGUCUGCUCCCGACACAGGAUUUCCGUCACAGACAUGCUUUGGUUCCAAGUGUGGCAUUCUUUGGCUGAGUGAGUGGAGAGUCUGAGACUCAGACAUUGGUUUGAGGAAACUGCGUGCAGCACCCCUGGGUCCAAGUGAAGGCGGAGGGUGGUGUCUGUGCACGGUCGUUCUCAGAUCCGUGCACUGCACUUUGAGAGAGCGCGCAGACUUAUGUGUAGGCUGGUUUCAUAACCUGACAGAGUGCGCUGUUCCGUCCUCUGCACAAAAGAGAAAUCUUAACUAGAACCUGUAAAUAAAAUGUAUUAUUUAUUGUAUAUCCCUGCACCCAGUGAAAAUGAAUGGAGGCGAUACUGUGAGCUAAGGUUGAUGGGUAAGGUUUCUUUGUGGGGCCAGUUUAGACUCAGAUCUGUUUUACCAUCAGGGCUCAGCAAGCAGCUCUUCAGUGCUCACUGGGAAAACCAACAUUCCCCUCCUUCAGCGAGACUGAAGCAAUACGCAGUUUUUAGGUUCCGUGUAAGUAAUGCAGGUUUAGCUGUGGAAACGUUUUCCCCACUGGGUACCGAUGGCUGAGGGGAUGCAGGAAGGAUGGUCUGUCCACACCCUGGGAGUCCCAGUCUGGCCUUAGAAAUGUGGGAAGUCUCACCAGCCCCCGGGGUAACAGGAGGCACUGCCCACCGAAGUCCAGCUUUGCAUUCUGCUUGGGGAACAGUGACGGAGAUCACAGGACUCUGUUCCUGUCCCACACAGACCCCCCUUUCUGAAGAGGCUGGUUUUUAAGGGAGAUGAACUUUCUCACAGAACAACCGUUGUGUCUGUAAAAACCAAAACUGCAGCCAGCGCUGGCAGUAGAGAUUCUUCAGGAACACCCGCGUGGCAUGAGAUGUGACUUUCUGUGAUUUGCGAUCUGUUCGUAAAGUUGCACUUAAUCGCACCUGAAUCCCUUUUUUUUUUUUGAUGCCUUUGAACUGAGGUAGCUUUGAAAAUAAUUUGUUUUUUGGUUGUUCACAGUUCUUCUCCUGCCUCAUUGCUGAUUGCAGUUUUGGGUUCUGACUUUUAAAUGUAGUGGGCAGUGGCCUGUGCGCGCUCCUUGCCCAUCUUCUGGCUCAGAGACUCUGCCUGGUGUCCCUCUGCGGCACAGCCGUCUGCCUUACAGAUGCUUUGGAAACCAGCCAGCGGUCUGCCCUUUCAUGAGAAUUGCCCACUUCCUGUAUGCAGCGUUUUAUCCAUUCCUGCUCAGACUAGACAAGAUCAGGUCUUUUUUUCUUUUUUUUUUUGUAAGCUGUCUUUUUACAAGUAGACUUUAUUCUUUGGUUACGCUUAAGACACUGCAGUGAAAUCAGGAUGCAUUGACGUUUGCUGUUGUAAACAGAUUUUAACUCAGGAACAGCUAAUCAUCUGAUCUCUCCAUCACUUUGUAAAAGGUGAUGUUGCUGUGUAGCUGGAAGACUUGGCACCUGCCCUCUCUGAAGCUGUCAGCGUACCCCGGGAUGGCUCUCUUACAGAACAUGCCUUAAUUACUAGAUUGAAGUAUUUAAUAAGAAUACUUAGGUUUUUAAUGUCCCUUCCCCUCUGAAUAGGGGAUGGCCAUUGAGAUCCCUGUGUUAGUGCAUUACCUGCUCUUUCUGUGAACCCAAUGUUUUAUUAGGCUUUUUAGGAAGCAGAGAAGAUGCAUCGUAGGCAGUUCUUUCUAAAACCUUGCCCUGUGGUAUACAGACUGCACGCACUUCACAGGGUGACCUUCCAGGGGCUGGGAAUUGGAUGUCAACAUUUUAAAGGAGCACUGCUCUUUAACCUUCUAAAGGUUACUGCUUCACUCUCCCCUUUUACGGAUGAGGAGAUGAAGCCAUUUCUGAUCUCUUCAUGUGAAGCACUUUCCGUUUUAAACUGUGUUGAAAUGCAGCCUCUGAAGUUCUCUUCAGCGUCCUUGACGGCAUACGUGCUUGUCUCCCAUGCGUCGUGAUGUCCUGGACGUUGGACGGCUACCUGUGUUUGCAUAGACUUUCUUAAUGCCGUGGAUUCUUCAGGAAGCUAGAGCAUCCAUUUGCAACACCCUUGGAGAAGCUUUUAAUUUAAACAUCACCGACAGUGUCCUGGCAUUGUCUACAGCGUUUAUGCUACACUGUUGUAAUUAUUAAACUGAUUCUUUUUCUUAAAUUACAAAAUGUCACUUUAUCUUCUGUGAUAUGUUUGUUAUGUUGUGUUAGCUCCAUAUUUUCUUUUUGGAUUUUAAAAUUCUGGUGUGAAUUCCUGAUAUUGGAAAAUACUACAUUUGCCUUUAAAAUCUAGAGUCUGAGAAUAUUCGGAGAUAGAUAAGAUGAGGAAGGGAAACGGAAGUAAAAACGUUUCUCCCGUUGGGUAGGAUCUCCACCUCAUUCACCACACUUAGAACAAGGGCUUUCAUGUUAUAAGAUGCUCAGUUUCCGUUUUGUGGGGUUGGAUAAAUGAAAGCAUUUUUACAGUAUC